AUGAUGUUUCCCGGCCUCCUCGCGCCCCCCGCGGGCUAUCCCAGCCUCCUGAGGCCCACGCCCACCUUAACACUGCCCCAGUCCCUUCAGUCCGCGUUUUCCGGCCACUCGAGUUUCCUGGUGGAAGAUCUGAUCCGCAUCAGCCGGCCCACAGCCUACUUGCCCCGCAGCGUGCCCGCUGCCGGCCUGUCACCCCCGAGGCGGGACGCCCCCACGGCCCUCGCCGACUCGGGGACCUCGAACCUGGGCUCCCCGGGGGCCGGGGGCCGGCGGGGCAGCUCUCCGCAGACCGCCCUCUCCCCUGCCGGCGAGCCCGCCUUCCUGAAGUUCGGGGUGAAUGCCAUCCUCGCAUCCACGCCCAGAAGAGAAACUUCGCCGGCUUUGCUGCAGAGCCCUCCUCCCAAGACGUUCGCCUUCCCCUACUUCGACGGCUCCUUCCAACCCUUCCUCAGGUCCUCCUACUUCCCAGCGUCCUCCAGCGUCGUGCCCAUCCCCGGGACCUUCUCCUGGCCGCUGGCCGCUCGCGGCAAGCCUCGACGGGGCAUGCUGCGCAGAGCCGUGUUCUCCGACGUGCAGCGAAAGGCCCUGGAGAAGACCUUCCAGAAACAGAAGUACAUCAGCAAGCCUGACCGCAAGAAGCUGGCCGCCAAGCUGGGCUUGAAGGACUCGCAGGUGAAAAUCUGGUUCCAGAAUCGACGUAUGAAGUGGCGGAACUCCAAAGAGCGCGAGCUCCUGUCUAGUGGCGGCUGCCGAGAGCAGACCCUUCCCACAAAACUAAACCCUCACCCAGACCUCAGCGAUGUAGGCCAGAAGGGCCACGGGGACGAGGAGGAAGACAGCCCCGGUCCCUGCCUGGCAUUCCAUGAGCCCCCCGACCCCCGACACCUGCUGGAAGGGCCACUGCCUGCCUCCCCGUCGCACUCCAGCAGCCCGGGGAAACCCUCGGACUUCUCUGAUUCCGAUGAAGAUGAGGAGGCCGAGGAGGACGAGGAAAUCACUGUGUCCUAG